CGUGAGGGGCCUGGAGGAGCCAUGGGGGUGAAGCUGGAGAUCCUGAGGAUGUUCCUGUACCUGACCUUCCCCGUUGCCGUGUUCUGGGUCUCCAACCAGGCCGAGCUCUUCCAGCGUCACGUGAUCGACCGCAAGAGGGAGAUUUUCCCGCCGGACACCCCGGAACGGCGCCAGGCCAUGGCUGAGCUGAAGCAGCGGCUGCGGGAGGGGAAGGGGACCCAGGCCUGAGGGGACAGCGGGGACACGGUGACACCGUGGGGACACUGCAGUGACACCGUGGGGACACACGGCCACCGUGGGGACCCAGGCCUGAGGGGACAGUGGGGACACGGUGACACCGUGGGGACACCAUGGGACACACAGCACCGUGGGACCCAGGCCUGAGGGGACAGUGGGGACACGGUGACACCGUGGGGACACUGCAGCGACACCAGGGACACAGCAGUGACAGCGGGGACACGGCCACCGUGGGACCCAGGCCUGAGGGGACAGCAGGGACACCGUGGGACACAGCAGGGACACAGAGCCACCUGGGGACACGGCAGUGACACCGUGGGACACAGCAGGGACAGCAGGGACACGGUGACACUGUGGGGACACUGCAGUGACACCGUGGGACACACGGCCAUCGUGGGACACAGCAGUGACAGCAGUUGAUGGCAUCGCUGUGCCCCUGUUGGUGACAGGGGACAGUGGCACUGUCCCGGUGCCAUCGCCAUGGCCGCGUUGGUGACAAAGGGGACAGCGACAACAGUUGGUGGCAUUGAUGGCAUUGCUGUGACAGCGUUGGUGACAGUGACAGCAGCCAGUGUCACACCCUGUGGCUGUGUUGGUGACAGUGUUGGUGACAGUGACAGCAGCCAGUGUCACACUGUGUGACCCUGUUGGUGACAGUGACAGCAGCCAGUGUCACUCACUGUGGCUGAGUUGGUGACAAAGGGGACGAGUGACAAUGGCCUAUGGCAUCAAUGGCAUUGCUGUGACAGUGUUGGUGACAGUGACAACAGUCAAUAUCACAUGCUGUGACCCUGUUGGUGA